AUGAGUCAGUACUCCAUUCACUCGUCUCCGCGUGGCGAGCAGCAGAAAUCGGAGCUUCAACCAUCGCCCGCCGCGGCGUCGGCACCCUUAAACCAACGAAACAGCAUCUUGGACCCACAUCUAUCUGUUUUACAGCUCUUGGAGCGCGGCGACCCUAACACCCGGUCCGCUCAGUCUGAGCUUACUCCCCACGGAGCACAAGAGCUUAUACGAUCACCGUCGCCGCCCAAGAUGGGCGGGUCGGAGGUGAUGAACAGAAGUAUAUCAGAGUCCUGGCACUCUAUCAGGCGAACCGACUAUUCAAUUCUUAAUAUACUGAAUGACAUUUCGGGACAGCAACAGCAGGUGGGCAUCUUAUCCUCGUCAGACACGUCCGAGGACGAGCCAGACAUUUUCCUCUCGCCUUCACCUAACCAUUACGCGUUUGGGCCACCGGGAAACCCCAUCUUUUCAGAUCCUCCGCAUGCUUUUGAAGGCCCUGCGGUAUCCGCGUACCGAAAUUCCGGGCUACAGUUGGUGAAGGGUAUUGAGCAGGCAGCUACAAAUGAGGAGAGUGGCAAAAUGAACAACAGCAAUAGCGAAUUCGAAAACGGCAUUGACAACGACAACGAGACUGUCACGAUGAGUCUGAUGAACUCGUCAAAUUCGUUCGUGAUGCCGAAGCUCUCAGUUUUACAACAAUCUCAAAAGUUUUGCAUUCUGAUUGUGGGGAAACCUGCCUCAAGGUUUUAUCACGGCAUCCCAAAGACAUAUCAAAAGCUCUUCGAUGUUUGCGAUGUAGAUACGUUAAAUCCGCGCAAAUUGACCCAAUACAGCGCUAUAAUGUUAAUCUUCAGUGACUGCAAGAACAGCCAAUCAUUACUUGACAAAGUGGUACCCCAUAACACCAAUAUUAUCGCGGUUUGUCAAAGAGGCCAGCAACAGCAAAUUUCUAGUUUGCUGAAUGGGUACUCGAAACUGCAUUCGCUGCGCCUCAUUUACCACUUGACCGUGAUGUCAGAUCAUCAAGACAUGCACAAACUACUCAGGUACUUAAACAGUCUGAGCUCCGAGGUAGAUUCGGGAUACGAGACCGAAGUUGGUUCUCGAAAGAUCCGGAAGCGUCGCAGGUCCCAAAGGAAAAGACCUGCAAAUGUUAACCGCUGGGUUUUAUGGAGCAUCUCGCUGACAGUGGGUGUGGGAAUUGGCUAUUGCAUUUCUUGCGUCCUGUCCUCCGCUGUGUCAAUCCGAGACAGCAGUCUGCCACUUCAUGCAACGGAGAACCUCAAAUUUGUGGACGAUGUUCCAGUGUCGUCUCACGAAAACUUUCUCAACAGCCAAAUCUGCCAAUUUGUCGUGGCUUUCAAAAAGGCAUUGAAGCAGGCUAAUUCGUCUUUCAAACAGUAUCUCAACGGUCAGUCGCUACUAGUUUUGUGGAUGCAGCGCAUGGGGAAAGAGUGGAUGUCUGAGGACCCUGAGACAUCACUGCCUGGAGUAGCCGCCUUGGAUUUGGUAUUAAUUUAG